AUAUUUUUAUUACUCUUUAUGUUUCUAGUUGCUCGUUAAAAGUCGUUUAGAACAGUUCAAAAAUGGUGAAAGUUUGGUAUAUGGACACUGAGGAAACCGAUCAGCGUUUGGAGCACCAUCGGAAUCCCCCAGCUUAUUUGGAACUAGAUGAUCUUUACAAGAAAACCGGUGUGGAAUACUUUAAAAUCAAUGCCGACGAAUACCAGAACGAUAAUACUCUCACGGAACUGAGGGCACAACGUGGCUACACUUAUGAUGAUGAGAUCACCUGCUCGGAAAAGUGCCUCCCAGAUUAUGCCAACAAAUUGAAGGCUUUUUUCACCGAACACCUUCAUACGGAUGAGGAAAUUCGCCUAAUUUUGGAUGGAUCUGGUUACUUUGAUGUUCGCGACAACGAGGAUAACUGGCUGCGCAUUUUGGUUGUGAAGGGAGAUCUGAUUAUAAUACCCUCUGGCAUCUAUCACCGCUUUACUUUGGAUUCCAAUAAUUUUAUUAGAACUCGACGCUAUUUCGUUGGUGAGCCCGUGUGGGCCCCACAUAACCGACCCGCUGAUGAUAUGGACUGCCGUAAAUCUUACAUCAAACAUCAGUCGGAAAACUUUGUUCAAUUAAACAAGGUUUAAAAAUAAUACGCAGAGUUUAAUAUUCUUAAAUAAAAUAUGUGCAAAUAUCAGACAUACAAUAAAUAAAAAAACCGCCAAAAAGUAA